CUUUUGGAUCUGAUGUGCUUUGGAAAACUGAGGGCGGGGCGGGAAAGGGGAAUCUAAGCUUCGCUUGUCCGCUGGGAGAAAUCCACCACUUCACUGGAAAGGCCGUGAGGAAAGUCGCAACCCGGUGGAGAAUCUGCUGGGCUAUCGCUUGACUUGAUUGAGCGCGUCUCUCUCUCUCUCUCUCUCUCUCCUUUUCGCGAAGGGCCCCUCCCGCCGUUUCCCAAAAGGCACUUCCAUUCCAGCGCCCAUAAAGCAAGCCCUAAACAGGCUGCGGGAUCUAAAAGGCCCGACGGGAUCUGCCGAGGGGAGCGGGGCGCCUUCUGAAGGCGGCGGGCCGAAGCCUGAGCCGGAGAGAAUCAUGCUCAGGACGGCGCCUGGGAACUCCCGCGCCCUUGUUCUCCGCAGUUACCCCGCUGGACUGCGCCUACCCUAGCCCGAGGAAGCAUGACGAGGGGCCCUGGGCGCCGAUCCUGGACUCUGGUAGCCUGGCUGGCCCUGUUCACAGAACUGGCGUCGAGCCAUCCACAAUGCCUGGAUUUCAAACCGCCUUUCAAGCCUCCUCGCCCUCUCACUUUCUGCGUGCAGUACUCAAACUUCGGCUGCUGCGACGCGGGGCGUGAUGCUGCCCUGUUGGAACGUUACUAUCGCAUCAGCGAGCAUUUUGCCGAGGCCACCUACACCGUUUGCGCCGGCCACCUGCAGAGCCUCCUAUGUCAGGAAUGUUCUCCUUAUGCUGCUCAUCUAUAUGAUGCUGAAGACCCUUCUACUCCAGAGAGAACUGUUCCUGGACUUUGCCAAGAUUACUGCAUACAAGUGUGGCAAGAUUGUAGGUCAAUGUUUCAUUACUUCACUCCUGAUAAAGAGUUACUGGCACUGGAAAAUAACAGGGUUAAGUUUUGUCGUUAUUUGUCCUUGGAUGACACAGACUACUGUUUUCCUCACCUCUUAACUAAUGAGCAUCUUAAUCAAGACCUUGGGUUAGUGACUGCGGAUUCAGAAGGAUGUCUGCAGUUAUGCUUAGUUGAAAUUGCUAAUGGGCUUAGGAAUCCUGUUGCUAUGGUACAUGCAAGUGAUGGAACUCACAGAUUCUUCAUUGCCGAACAAAUUGGUUUAGUCUGGACCUAUUUUCCUGAUUUGUCACGGCUUGAAAAACCAUUUUUGAACAUCAGCGAAGCUGUACUUACCUCGCCAUGGGAAGGGGAUGAGAGAGGAUUCCUAGGCAUUGCCUUCCACCCUAAAUUCAAAUUUAAUGGUAAGGUAUAUGUCUACUAUUCAGUUGAAGUUCAAUAUGAAGAGAGAAUCCGAAUCAGUGAGUUCAGAAUUUCUCCUGGUGACAUGAAUUCAGUGGACCAUGGUUCUGAAAGGAUAAUUCUGGAGAUAGAAGAGCCAGCUUCCAAUCAUAAUGGAGGAGAACUGCUGUUUGGAGAUGAUGGUUAUCUUUAUAUCUUCACAGGAGAUGGAGGAAUGGCUGGUGAUCCUUUUGGGGCAUAUGGAAAUGCUCAAAACAAGUCAGCACUGCUAGGCAAAGUACUCAGAAUCAGCGUGGGAAACAAUGAUGUUGGACCUCUUUAUCAAAUCCCUCCGGACAAUCCCUUCAUCAAUGAAUCAAAAGCCCGACCUGAAGUCUAUGCUUAUGGGGCAAGGAAUAUGUGGCGUUGUUCUUUUGAUAGGGGUGAUCCCAAUACAAAGGAAGGGAAAGGGAGGCUUUUCUGUGGUGAUGUGGGACAGAAUAAAUUUGAAGAAAUUGACAUUGUGGAGAAAGGGAGAAAUUAUGGCUGGAGAGCACGAGAAGGAUUCAGCUGUUAUGACAAAAAACUUUGCAUCAAUUCCUCUUUAGAUGAUGUCCUUCCAAUAUAUGCUUAUCCCCACAAAAUGGGGAAAUCAGUUACAGGAGGUUAUGUCUAUCGAGGUUGCGAGUCUCCAAACUUGAAUGGGCUCUACAUAUUUGGUGAUUUUAUGAGUGGGCGUCUCAUGUCCUUGAAAGAGAAUCACAAAACCGGAGAGUGGCAGUACAAUGAAAUAUGCAUGGGAACAGGCCAAACAUGUAUGUUUCCUGGACUUAUCAACAACUAUUAUCAAUACAUCAUCUCUUUUGCUGAAGAUGAGGCAGGGGAACUUUAUUUCAUGUCAACUAGAAUACCAAGUGCCACCGCUCCAAAUGGAGUCAUUUACAAAAUAGUUGACACAUCACGGAGAGCACCACCUGGAAAAUGCCGUGUUGACCCUUUGCCAGUAAAAGUGAAAGGCAGGCUCAUUAAAUUUGCUCCAAAGGAAAAACUGAUAAUGAGAAUGCCCGCACAGGAUCCUAAGAUAAAAGCCACAACCAGAGUCCCAGCGAGGAGUAAAGUAACUACAGAGUCUACACAAGGCACAACUCCAGACUGGAUGGAACAACUCUUGACUCUGCUUAGGAAUCAGAACGGAUGGCAGAUGACUACUAUAGCACCAAAACCCAAACCUUCAAAGCCCAGGAAAGGAGGAAGGCCUGGGAGGAGACCAUAUCGAAGAAGGAAGAAUAGGCCUUCCAGUGUUGCCCGACAGCCACAGAAUGGUGCAGUCCGACUCAUGAAUGGCAGCACAAGAGGGAGAGACCAAGGAAGGGUUGAAAUUUUUAUCAAUGGCGCGUGGGGCACUGUGUGUGAUGAUUUGUGGACUUCUAAAGCAGCUGCAGUAGUUUGUCGCCAGUUGGGUUAUGCUUUUGUAAUCCGAGCCACCAAGAAAGCAGAGUUUGGGGAGGGUAAUUCACUUUCGAUUUUACUUGAUGAUGUUCAGUGCAUAGGACAUGAGAAGACCCUCCUGGAAUGUUCCCAUGCAGAGAUUGGAAAGCACAAUUGUUCCCACAAAGAGGAUGCAGGAGUGAUAUGCAGUCAAGAAGAAGUUUUUGAGUAGAAAUACCUACAAAAUAGCAUGAGUUUGUGCUGUGACUUUUUAAAAAAAAACAAGACCACAUGAAUACACUGUUAUGGUUAUCAAAUUAGCACAUGGUUUUGGAAAGAUACAUGUCCAUAGGGCAGGCCGGGAUAGUAAUACUUUAGUAUGCCCAUGUGAUACCCCUCCUCACAAGCUGCAGUGGUUAACAGUAUGGUUAGCCAGAUAUCAAAACUUAUUGGGCAUUUUUAUCCACCAAUCAAGUCCUUCCCAAGGGCUUGGCAAAGGCAGGUGUGGGUGUUUGAUGAUGUUAAAAGUAUUGUCACAGGAUGUAAGCUAUUCCGAGUGAAACUGUCUUUUGCAAUUGACCAAUGGUGAUUUUGUCAAUAUCACUGGGGUUCAGAUGGUGCUCCAGUUGUUUUGGGAAAUUGUUUUGGGAUUGCACCCAAGGCACCUAUUACUAUUGGUACUUUCUUUGCUCUCUUUUGCCACAAUCAUUCUAUUUCUGUUUGCAGGUCUUUGUUAUCUUCUCUAUUUCUUUGUUAUCUUCUCUAUUUCUUUCUCUUCUACUUUGCUGCUUCCAGACCUUGUCACAUCCAUUAUCCAGAUUUUUUUUUGGUCUUUCUUCUCAACAAUUGUGAAGUCUGGGGUGUGGCAGGUUCAUGUAGGUUUGAAUUUGAAUUUUAAACUCCCAGAGCAAUUUCACUUCUUCAUUUUCGAUUAUUUCCUCUAUUUUAUGAUCCCACCAAUUCCUUCUUGCAGGCAAAUGAUAUUUUUUCAGGAUCUUCCAAUCCAACAUUGUUGCUACUUGUCCAGUCACCCUGCCUCAGCCCAAGCCACCUUACAGGAUUGUUGUGGGGAAAAUAGGAGGAGGAAGGAAUGUUGAAUAUGUUUGCUGCCUUGAGUUAUUUGUAUAAAUAAUAAAGGCAAGAUAAAAAUAAAGAAAUUAUGAAUGCAAAUCUUCAAGCUUACAGUA